GAUAACAGAUUAAAGUUCAGGAAUCAGGAUUCACAAUAUUUCACGUUAAUUAUUCUUUUAUUUAUUUGAAAGUUUGAAACCCAUCUUAACAUUUUCAUCUUUCUUUAUUCUUAACAUUUUUUAAUUUUUAUCUGUGAGUAAUUUUUUUAGUUAUGGUUUCCAGCCGUUUCAUGAUAAAAUUUUAAAUUUUAAGUUGCAUUCAACUUUGUUACUAUUGUAAAAUUAUGCUUUUCUAAUUAAUGAUAUACAUUCAAGAUGAAUAAUCUGUCGACUAGUGAAAAAGCAUUUAAACUGUUAAAUGGAAUUGUGUGUUUAUAUAAACCUGCUGGAGUUCACCUAAGUGGUUGUCGCCAUUCAUUACUGUUAAAAUUAACACAAGAGUUGAAUUUAUGCGGUGUUAGAUCUCCUGAAAAUCGUGUAAUCAUUUCCGGGGAUACGACAAAAGAACUAAAUGUAAAAUUAGAGCCCAGUUAUGCAGACAAUGUACUUGUCGUUGGUCCCAGGUACCAAACCCAAGAUAUUAAAUGUAUUUGGACUACCCAUUUGGGUAAACGUGUGUCAGGCGUUUGUGUUGUGGGACUAAAUAAAGGUACAAAAAUGGUAAGAAAUCUUCAAAACAACUAUCCACUACGAACAUAUCAUUUGCAUGGACAAUUAGGAAUUAUGACCAAGAAUAUGCAUAUUGAUGGCCAAGUUAUUGAAAAAGGACGUUAUGAUUUUGUGAAACGUGAAAAUGUUGAUAAACUUAUGUCUACAAUACAGGCAUCAAAUCAAAAAAGGAUGUUUGAGCUGGCCAAUGUAGAUACUCAAACUCAAACAGCGUAUGAUUUGGCCACAAAAGGGUUAAUCCGACCAGCAUCUUCAAAAAUUCCUUUAAUCUAUGGAAUUAAAUGCAUAAGUCUAGACUUACCAAAUUUUAUCAUAGAAGUUAAUGUUAUUAAUGAAUAUGAGAGUUAUUUAUUAUCAUUAGUACAUGAAAUAGGACUUAAGUUGAGAUGUUCAGCUACGUGUACUGCUAUACGCUGUAUAAGAUAUUCGUCAUUUACAAUUCAACAAGCACUCUUAAUGAAACAUUGGAACCUUCAUUUUGUGUUAGAAAAUAUUAGAGAGUGUAAUGCAUCGUACAAAAAAAUGAGUACACUACCUUCAUUCAUUACUGAACAAUCUUAUAUUGAAUCUAAUCAAAAAAUGAAUUGUGUAUCCUAAUUUUGGUAAGUUAUAUAAUUAGUAUUCAAAAGUUCAUUAUUUGUAUUUUAAUAUAUUAUUUUUAGAUACAUAAAAACAACAGUUCAUUUAAUAAAAGUUGUUUUUUCUUUGUAA